AUGGCGCCCCGAAGAUCCAGGACGUCGCGUCCAGCGCCGCCGGCCAAGACCUUGGUUCUCGACAAUGGCGCCUACACGAUCAAAGCGGGUUUCGUGACGGAAGACGUGGCAGACCAGCCGCGAGUGAUCCCCAACUGUAUAGCGCGCGAUGGCGACCGCAAAGCCUACGUCGGCUCCGAGUUGGACAGCUGCAAGGACUUCGGCGAGAUGGCCUUCCGGAGGCCGGUGGAGAAGGGCUUUGUCGUGAACUGGGAGGCAGAGAAGGAGAUCUGGGAGCGCGAGUUCUUCGACGAUGGCGCGCCACAACAUUGCGAUCCCUCCGAGACGCGACUGCUGCUUGCCGAAUCCUCCAACUCGUUGCCGAUACUGCAGACCCACUGUGACCAGAUGGUGUUCGAGGAGUUCGGCUUUGCAAGCUACUAUCGCGGCAACGGGCCCUCCUUCAACGCCUACCACGAUGUGCAAGCCAUCCUUCGAACCCCCCGGGCCCCCGAUACUGUGGCCCAGUUGCCUGCCGAGAUCCUGAUGCUCAUCGACUCGGGCUACUCCCAUACCACCGUCACGCCGCUGUUCCACGGGCGACCCAUCCAUUCCGCCGUCCGCCGCCUCGAUGUCGGCGGCAAGCUCAUGACAAAUCAUCUCACCCGUCUGCUGUCCCUGCGCCACUACGACAUGCGGAACGAUAUCUACAUUGUCAACGAGAUGAAGGAGCAGGCAUGCUACGUGUCCCUGGACUUCAAGCAAGACCUCGAAAGGACAUGGAAGGGGACGAGAGGGGACCGGAGAGAGCCGUACCUGACCGGCGGAGGUGUAGCGAAGGAUUACGUGCUGCCGGACUUCCAUACGAUAUCCAAGGGCAUUGUGCGCGACUAUGACCCCAACCAGGCGUCAAGAGCCAAGAAGCUGGCGGCCGCAAGAGUUGGAGAAACGACAGAAGACGUGUUGACGUUGCGGAAUGAGCGUUUCACGGUGCCCGAAGUACUAUUCCACCCCUCCGACAUUGGCUUGCAGCAGUCGGGCAUCGCGAACCUGGUGUUGGAAUCCUUGCAGGUGGUCCCCAUCGGCCUGUGGCCGGCUCUUCUCGCCAAUAUUGUCGUGGUGGGAGGCAACGUCCUAUUUGACGGCUUCAUCCAACGCCUACAGCAGGAGAUUGUGCAACUAGUGCCCGACGACUGUAUAGUGAGAGUCGCGCGGCCUGUCGACCCCAUCACCAGUACCUGGGCAGGGGGAUCUCAUCUUGCCAAACACGAGGACAUCAAUAGCCUCUGCGUCACGAAGCAGGAGUACGACGAGUACGGCGCUGCCUGGGUCGCGCGAAGGUUUUCUGCCGGGACGGACAUGUGA